AUGAAUCCCGAGUAUGAUUACCUUUUCAAGCUUUUGCUCAUUGGAGAUUCUGGUGUUGGCAAAUCAUGUCUCCUCCUGAGGUUUGCUGAUGAUUCAUAUCUCGAGAGUUACAUAAGCACCAUUGGGGUUGACUUUAAAAUUCGCACUGUGGAACAGGAUGGAAAGACCAUCAAACUGCAAAUUUGGGACACUGCUGGGCAAGAACGUUUUAGGACGAUCACUAGCAGCUACUAUCGUGGAGCACAUGGAAUUAUUGUGGUUUAUGAUGUGACGGAUCAAGAAAGCUUCAACAAUGUCAAGCAAUGGUUGAAUGAAAUUGACCGCUAUGCGAGUGAGAAUGUAAACAAGCUUCUGGUCGGAAACAAGUGUGACCUCACAGCAAACAAGGUUGUGUCUUAUGAGACAGCCAAGGCAUUUGCUGAUGAAAUUGGAAUUCCUUUCAUGGAAACAAGUGCCAAAAAUGCCACCAAUGUAGAACAGGCUUUCAUGGCCAUGGCUGCUGAGAUCAAGAACAGGAUGGCUAGCCAACCAGCCAUGAACACUGCCAGGCCUCCAACGGUGCAGAUCCGAGGACAGCCCGUCAACCAGAAGUCUGGUUGCUGCUCUUCUUGAAUGGAAAAAAGUAUUGGUUGGGAUGUGAUGCCUGUGUUUGAUCUCCGUGGCAUGUAAAAUUAGUUGUUUUUAAUGCUCUGAUAUGAAGAAGACUCUUCCUCAUGAUUUCUGUUUCUUAUCAGUUUCAGCACUUUGUUAAAACUUCCAUUCUUUUCAAUGUAAUUUGAUUUUAAAGAACUGUCUGUACAAAUUAGGAAUGCCGGUGAAUAGCAGUCAUUGCCUUUAUUCUGUUAACGCUUUCUGCAACAGUGAUCACAGUCUAAAUAACCAGGCACCUAUGAUUCUAUUA